AUGACGUUUCUUAACGAAAAUAACAGUGUUUUAGUGAUCUUAGAUAACGAAAUUUCAUGUGAUGAUAUUAUAAAUUUUACCAGUGUAAUUAAAAAACAGCUUAAUGAUGCAGAACGAUUAACAAUUGUAUCGGUGAAUGAAUUGAAAGAAUGUAUAAAUUCCUCAUAUGAUGUAAUCAUUCCUAUCUUUAAACAAUUGUGUCCAAAUCUUAAAAUACUUUUAGAAGAAUGUUUACGAAUUUUGAAACCAAAAGGUCUACUGAUUAUUUUUGAAUCACUUAAACAAGAAGAAAAUGCAUAUUCUAUUUGUAAUGAAAGACUGUCUAACUUAAAAUUAGCUGGUUUUAAAGUAAAAAUGCAAGAAAGUUUAGAUACAAAACAGUUGAAAGAUCUUCUUCUUAGUGUAUACAAUGAUAUAGAUAGUGUUUGUGAAACAGUGGCAGAGAAACCUUCUUUCGAAAUUGGUUCCAGUGUACCACUUAAUUUUGGACAAAAGGAAUCCUCCAAUAUAUGGAAGCUGGAUAGUGCUCUUGAUGAAGAAUUAAUUAAUGAAGAUGAUCUUUUGGAUGAAAAUGAUAUUGUUAAGCCUAUAACUGAGAGUUUAAGGGUAUGUAGCACAACAGGUAAACGAAAAGCUUGUAAAGAUUGUACUUGUGGCUUAGCUGAGGAAUUAAAUGGAAAGAUUCUACCAGAAGGAACUGUAAAGUCAUCAUGUGGGAAUUGUUAUCUUGGAGAUGCAUUUCGUUGUGCUAGUUGUCCAUAUCUUGGUAUGCCAGCUUUUAAACCUGGUGAAAAAGUCCUUUUAUCAGAAAAUCAGUUAAAAGCAGACUAAUGAAAUAAUUUGUGAGUUAUACAUAUAUACUAUUUCCAUGUUCAUUUCUUGCAUGUAAUAAUUUUAAUAAUAAUUUUUAAUAUAGUUAAUUUAUUGUCUUUCACCUAUUUCUGUUUAACACAAAGGGGUUUUUAUUUCUAUUUAUCUUUA